AUGUAAUAUUUAAAUUUGUUCAUACAACCAAUAUCAAGCUCAGUAGUGUUCCCAUACUCUAGUUUGUAACUCCAUAACGUGGAUUGCUAUAAUCAAUCAUUACAUUCUCAAUACAUCGGAUUGGUUUCGUAAAUCGAUGACACCCAAUCAGAUGUUCAAACUAUAUCAUAAUACAGUUUAUAUGGCACACUUGUGCAUUUAGCAAAAGAGCAAGACGACUCUUCCCACUCUUACAAAGCAUUUGCGUUUGCCAGAUUUCGAAUUAAUUCGUUUUGCCAACUCUCCCCAUUUUUAGUGGCAAACGUCGAAAUUUUGAAUGACGAUAUCCGAAACCACGAUACCGAAAUCCUUACCCUGUUCAAAGAGGCAAUAAAAAUUUAUAUGGAAAACUUCUCCCUUCUUCAAAACGCCCUGCUAAAACAGAAAAUCGAUGAGGAAGAUAAUAUAGUGAAAUUAUACUAUCAGGUCUCAAGCAGAAUACAAAUUCCAUUCAACCAAAAAAUAAGAUUAUUAUAAAUGAAUGAUAACAAUGAGAGAAUAUCGACAUUGAUACAAUAUUUGAAUCACAAAAUGACACAAUACACUACGAACUAUGAAUUGGAGUAAAAACUUAAGCAGGAACUAAUGUCUGAAAUGUAAAACAAUGGAGAUAACUUAAUUAAUUAAACUCAAUAAAUUAUUCCAUAAAUCCAAGAAUUAGAACUGGAUUAUUAAAAGUAAUACAUUGAGUCAUUGCCAUGGGGAAUCGUGUCUCCAGAAACUCUGAGUAUAUAGCAGUGCAAAGAGAAGUUGGAUAAGAAACAUUAUGGUUUGGACAUGGCUAAACAGCGUAUCCUAUAAUAUUUGGCCAUUAAAUUUUUAACUAAAUCUACUGGAUCCAUUAUUUGUCUACAUGGUCAUCCUGGAGUGGGAAAGACAUCUUUAGCUUAGAGCAUAGCUGAGUCUUUGGGGAGACCAUUUCAAAAGAUAUCUCUGGGGGGAGUUUCAGACGAAGCUCAAAUUAGAGGUCACAGAAAGACAUAUGUAGGGGCCUAGGCAGGCAUGAUUAUGGAAGCAAUCAAGAAGGCAAAGUGUGUUAAUCCAGUCAUCUUACUUGAUGAGAUAGAUAAGAUCAAUCAAUACACAGUUGGAUCAGCUUUGUUAGAGGUCUUGGAUCCAGAAUAAAAUAAAUCAUUUACUGACAACUACGUCAAUGAAGAAUUCAAUUUAAGUUAAGUUCUGUUCAUUUCAACAGCCAACUAUAUAGGAUCUAUACAGCCAGCAUUGAGAGACAGAUUGGAAAUGAUAGAAAUACCAUCCUAUACUAUUGAUGAGAAGGAAAAGAUUGCCAUUUAGUAUCUAAUUCCUAAACAGUUGGAGCUUAAUGCCAUCGAUGGGUAGGUAGAUUUCAAUAAGGAGGUCGUCAGAUAUCUGAUCACAAAUUACACCAAUGAGAGUGGAGUCAGAUAGUUGGAGAGACAAAUCAAUUCUAUUUUUAGAAAGAUUGCACUCCAAUAAGUCAGAGGGAAGAGGAAGGGAACUUACAAUAUCAACAAGGGAUUCAUUAAUCAAUGUUUGGGUGAAUCCACCUUUGGUUAUAAGAACAUCAAAUUGCAGAGUGUUGGGAUGUGCAAAGGGUUGAAUGAUGGGAUGAACAUUUUAGAAGUCAUAAAAACAAAGGGAUAAGGCAAUUUAUACUAGUAAUCCAAGGAUCAAUAUAUAGUAGAAUAAGGAAUAACUGCCUUGUCUUAUUUAAGGAAUUGUUUCAAACACAUUUAAUUUCAGAAUUGGGACAUUAAUGUUGCUAACUAGAAUUGUUUAGGAGUUUGUGUUGUUGUUGCUAUGGUGUCGUUAUUCAUGAAUAAGAAGGUGAAAUCAAGUGUUGCAUUCGCAGGAGAGUUGAGUCUCAAGGGCUCUAUUUUCAGACAAGACAAUCUAAGAGAAAGCAUCAUUUCUGCAGCAGAGACUGGAGUUGAGAGCAUCAUUAUUCCAUCCUAGAAUGUGGGAGACAUUUAGAAUUUAGAACCUUAAAUAAAAAAGAGAAUUAGAUUGGUUGAUCACAUUGAAGAGGUUUUUCAAUUGGCAUUUGAGGAUGGAUUUACUUACUACCACUACCCUAAUUUAUGA